AUGUCUCUCUUUGAAAGCCAGCAGCGCGAGAUGCGUUUGCGAGGUAUUGCCCAUUCCGUUGCCCAUUCCCCCAGCCGUGAUACCAUGGACAGAGAAGUAGCUGCCAUGAAGUUGCGGUCUGACCAGAUCGCUCUGGAGUCGGAGCGAAAACUGGCUCAGAUCAAAGACCUUUUGGCUAGUUGGCCUUCCCCUAAGCCCCAUGAGAAGAGUUAUGACGAGUCCUACACAGAGCCGACUCCUGUCACCAUUUCCGACUUUGAUUCGACGAUCGACCCCCCCGACGCUCACUACUCCUGGACUCCUUCAGAGGUCCAAACUCACGCUCUCACUUCGGCCGUUCCCUCUGCUGUUGCUGAGUGGAACUCCUCCACGACUGCAUCUUCGUCUCUUUCGCCCGAUGUCUCUCGAUCUUCCGCAUCUCCGGUUCCUCCUCUAUCGCCCAAUUCGAUCCAGGUGCUGCAGAAGUUCGCUCGCUCCGCUGCCACCUCUAUCUUAUCCAAAUAUGGCGAACAGCUCCCUCCCGACUGGGUUCCUCCUUCGUUCGCUGAUCCGGUUCCGCCUGCGCCCUCUCCGGUCCCCAUAUCAGCUCCUCGGAUCGUCCGUCGGGUCAAGAUCCGUAGACAUGGGCAUCGUUCUCAGCUUCGCUAA